AUGGCGCGGGUGGGGGUGGGAGUUUGCACAUUUGCAAGCUGGGGCCAGACCGCACUCGACUCCGUUCCGGCGUCCGGUCCGCCCGGGCCCGAGAACCAGCACCGCGGACAGCUCCCGCCCCCGGCCGCGGGGGGCUGCCGCGCCGCAGGCUCUCGCGAACGCAGGCAUCGGACCCAGGAGCGGAGCGGGAGUCUCGCGAGAGCGGCUGCUGCCGCUGCGGGGGCCCGGGCGCGCGCGCGCGCGCACGCGAGGCCAGCCCUGGGCGCGCGCUCCCGCCCCGCUCCGCCCCGCCCCGGAGCGGCUCGAGGCCGGCCCCGCGCCGCAUCCUCUGUGCCUCGCUGCGCAGCGCGGCGGCCUCUCCGCAGCCGGGUGGUCGCGGCAGUUCAAGACAAAAGGCGUGGGCAGGCUGCUGGGCCAGCAGGUGCCAUCAUGGCCGAGAAAGUGAACAACUUCCCCCCGCUGCCCAAGUUCAUCCCGCUGAAGCCCUGUUUCUACCAAGACUUCGAGGCGGACAUCCCCCCCCAGCACCUCAACAUGACCAAGCGGCUCUACUACCUCUGGAUGCUGAACAGCGUCACACUGGCCGUGAACCUGGUGGGCUGUCUCGCGUGGCUGAUCGGAGGCGGGGGAGCCACCAACUUUGGCCUCGCCUUUCUCUGGCUCAUCCUCUUCACACCCUGCUCCUACGUCUGCUGGUUUCGGCCCAUUUACAAGGCCUUCAAGACCGACAGCUCCUUCAGCUUCAUGGCGUUCUUCUUCACCUUCAUGGCCCAGCUGGUCAUCAGCAUCAUCCAGGCCGUGGGCAUCCCCGGCUGGGGCGUCUGCGGCUGGAUCGCCACCAUCGCCUUCUUCGGUACGAACGUGGGCUCGGCGGUGGUGAUGCUCAUUCCCACGGUCAUGUUCACGGCCGUGGCGGUCUUCUCCUUCAUCGCCCUCAGCAUGGUUCAUAAAUUCUACCGGGGCAGCGGGGGCAGCUUCAGCAAAGCCCAGGAGGAGUGGACCACGGGGGCGUGGAAGAACCCGCACGUGCAGCAGGCCGCCCAGAACGCAGCCAUGGGGGCGGCCCAGGGGGCCAUGAACCAGCCGCAGACUCAGUACCCCGCCACCCCCAACUACACGUACUCCAACGAGAUGUGAGCCGCACGGCUGCGGCCCGCGGGGCAGGGGGCUCAAGCCACAGCGUCCGUGUGGCGACCAAGCAGGGUUCCCCCUUCCCUCUCCUCCUCCUCCUUUUCCUCCUCCUCCUCCCUCUUUGUACAGAGUCAGAGUUAUAUAUAUAUAUCUCUCUCCACGUAUCUCCGUGCCCGUCUGCGUCUGUCCCCGCCCCCCGAGCCGGGGGUGCUGCAGGGGCGCUGUCUCGGGCGGCGGUAGCUGCGUCCGUGUCUCCUUGUGAAAUAGUGUGCCGUGGAGGUCUCUUGUCGUGGUGCUAGAUGUAUGUUUAGAACUAAACCAGCCCCCCACCCUCCUCCUGGCCACCCCCUCUGACCCUGGCCCCGGGACUCCUUGUGGGGCCGGGGAGGCAUCGCAGAGAGCCCGGCGCGCUCUGCCCUGUACCGCAGCGCUGACCGUCUCCACCAUGGAUCUCACGGCGCAGCUCCUGGUGGUGGCGGCGGGACAGGCAGGGGCCCUUCCCGGAUCCUCCUGCCCUGGGUCCCCUCCCCUGUUGGCGGCUCCCCUGCACUGUCUUCCCUCCCCACGCGGCUUUCCUUUGUCUCCCCGAUGUCUCUGCUCCUUAGACUGAGCCCAGAUCUCCAAAUGAUCUGAUUUGCACAUCCAGGAAGCUGACAGGGCCUGAGCCAUGUGUAGGCGGGGCACACAGCUGGACAUGCCCAGCCCAGGGAGCCCAACGCAGGGGCGGCCUCUUUGGCCCUGAGAGAGGCCUCUCUUCCCUUCUCUGCCCCCCCAUCUCCCCAAGCCCCCUCGAGCUCCGCUCUCUAUGUCCCCCUGUCUCCCCCCGUCCCUGCAGCUGCUGUGUCCUGUCUCCCCCCACCCGCACACUGCCUCGCUGGGGCUGGGUGGUGGUAGGCAGGUGUCAGGUGCAGAGGCACAGCUGGAGCUGAGGCAUGGACGAACCGUAGGUCCCCUGGGGAGGUCCGGCUGGCCGCAGCCUGCCGGGGCUUCUAGGUGCCUCUGAGUGACCUGGCUGUUCUGCUUGGGCCUGGUGGGGGCCAGGGCUCGGGGCUAGGCCUGGAGAGGAGGUCAGAGGCGCGGGCACGCAGGGCCCAGGGCGAGGGGAGCCCGCCUGCCCCAGCCCGGUUGGCUCGUGGGCACGUGAACUCAGGGUCCGGGAGGAAGCACAGGCUGAGCCCAGCGGCAAGCACGGGGCCUGGGUGGGACUUCUGGUGGGGCGCAGGGGGGAGGGGCGGAGGGGAGGCUCUUUGGCUUCAGGGCUUCUUUUUUUUUUUUAAUCAGCUUGAGAUCACUGGCUCCCCUCUGCGCACAGGGCUGGGCUCCUGGCCCUUCCUCCCUGUCAGAGCCCCUCCCCUUCCAGGAGACUGGCUUGAGGCCUCUGAGUCCACUGGGAUCACUGUGCUGGUGGCUGGCAGGGGCCCAGUGCUGUCACCUGGAGGGGAGGGGGCCCUUCCCCGGGACCCCGGGACCCCGGGGGCAGCGGCCCCUUUUCCCACCCUCCCUUCUCCCAAGAGAAGCCCCCCGGGCGCUGUGGACCGGAAAACCAGACCCCACUCGGCCACGCUGGGCAGGGUGCAGCUUGGAGCCCACACCUGGGCCUCCAGGCCACCCUGAGCUUGGAGCCUCAGGCACUCGGGAAAGUCCUCCGCCUCAGGCUUGGGCUGCGGAGUAGAACUGGCUCUCUCCGCUUCAUUUCCUCUCUGGAGCGCAGUUGUCUCGCCCCGAUACCUGAAAGGAGCCUCCGACCAACUAGGUCCCGCCUCCGCUUCCCUCCCCCCGGCCCGGGCCUGUGGCUCCCUGGCCUGAGCUCCAGCCGCCAGCCUGACAUCCAUGACCUGCUCAGUGCCGCCUGUGGUCAGUGUCCUGUCCUCCCUGCCUGAGACCUGUGUGGCCGCGCCCUGGCAUAACCCUUGGGGAGCCUGUGACCUGGAUGAGCCCAGCUUGGUCAGGCCCUGGGAUGCGGCAACUCUGCACUUUCCUGGGGGAGGGCCUCGUGUGAGAGGGGGCGGGGGGUUGGGGUGGAGGAGGGCCCAGGCCAGCUCUAGGGACCCUGGGGUCUGCGGCCAGCCGGGGGCCUCUUCUGCAUCCUCCUGGUGCCCAGUGUGUCUCCUUGUCCCCGGGAGACACAGCCCAUUCCCCAGCUGGCAGUUGACCUGCCUGAGCCACCGUGUCCGUCUGUGGUGACUGAAUGAGCCGUAAUAAAAGGACCAUUCGGCCCUGCG